UUUUCUGGCACUGCUUUCGCUACUCCGCGACGUACGAAGUGCAUACAUGAUAUUAAGCUGACUGUAGGUGUAGUUUCUUCCAUUAUUUUUAGUUAUAACUUGUACUAUCACACGCAAUACAACUUAGACCCGAGGGACAAAACUUUAAUCAAAACAAUGUGGUGCACAUGCUCAUGCACAUUUUCGUGAUAUUAGAUUGACAUUGACAGUUCAUAAGGUUUGACACGGACAAAUAGACAAUAGGCACGAAUGAAAGUAAAAAAAUACUCCGUGAUGAUGACAAUAGAACACAAUGCAGUCUCAAGAUGAAAUUGAAAGAAAUACUACAAUUUCUCCUUUUUUGCAUCCUUGAACUCAGUCAUAUGGUACAGUUUUCUCCAUUAGUGCUGCCCUCUAUGUCUUCAUCAAACGACUUCAUAUUUUUAUGUGGCCCGUCUGUCAAGUUGUGUUUCUGCCGCUUGGUAGCGUUGUAUACGCUUGAGCCCGAAAAGUAUCAACAUUCCUUUGGAAAACACUUGAUUGUUAACCAUGCCGCGAUGUUCAGCGGCAGGUUGCCGUAACAUGGGGUCACAUUCCUUCCCCAAAGACCCUAACUUACGAAAAUUGUGGGAGACAGCUACGGGCAAAGACAACUACACAGCUUCGAAAUAUUCAAGGUUAUGUGCUGAACAUUUUAAGAAGAGCGAUUAUGUUGAAGUAUGUUCAACAACAGGGGUGCCACCUUACCACAGAUAUUUGAAGAAAACAGCUGUUCCAACAAUUUUUCAUCAUAAAAAUACAAGAAUUAAAUAUAAAACUAAGCCUGAAAUUACAAGACUGAAUGAAAUAAAAACGGAAACAAAAUCGAAGGAAACGGAAGAAAUUAAGGAUGCCCCUGAAAACACAUCACAAUCAGUCCAACCAGAAAAUGAACCUCAAGAAGGGAAUACAUCGUUCAGAGACAAGUCGCAGAGGUUAAGGAACAAGAAAGAUUUCUUGGCGAAACGAUCAAGAUGUACUGUACCACAAUGCAAUGGAGAAGUAUCCAGUGAAGUAUCAUUACACCUUUGCCCCAAUAACCCAGCAGUGAGACAAGAAUGGGCUGAAGCUUUCAAAGUCAGAUACUCUUUUGUCAAGACAUUGAUUGCAUGCAGCAAACACUUCACAAAGCUGGAUUUUUUUCAAUCAAAAAACGGUGAGCGCGUAUUAAAACACAAUGCAGUACCCUCCCGUAAUCUACCUACAAAGGGUAGGGAUGUAAAAUACGCCAGUGAAAAGAAGUAUGGCCCGACCUCGACUAAAAGAAGUACUGUUCAAAAGCAGAUAAUGAAUAAUAAUGCGAGCGUUGAAGACCUACAGGAGGAAAAAGAAGAAAAAGUACUAGAAGAAUGUCGGGCUUGUUUGAAAAAGUUAGAUGAUAAACAAAGUGUUUGCAAUAUAUUCCAGCCUUGGGCUCUGCCCUGGACAGGUAUGGAACCCACCAUAGCUGAGGAUUUGGCUAAGUUAGCCAACAUUGAGGUAUCACAGACAGAUAGACAUUCAAAGGUUCUGUGUGAACCAUGUUAUCAGAAAUUAUUGGAUGCAGCAACAUUUGCUUCCACUGUAAGAAACUGUGAUCUGGUACUUAGAAUGCGGUUUACAGCAGAAAUAGAUAUGGAAAAAGUAUGGCCAAAGCCCAUACAAGUGGAUAAAAACAUCAAUGGUUCUGUGUAUACCAAUCCGAUGAAUGUUGAAAUCAAGCAGGAAGUGGUUACAGAUGAAGAAUAUCCUGUUAACGGACAAGAAAAUCAGUAUGUUGAAGAACUGUCCAAUUUGGAUAUUAAAAUAGAACCAGAAGAAUUUGUAGAAGCUCCACCUUUAAAUAUCACUAUAAAUGGUACCAUAUCACUAGAUCCUUUGAAUUCCGAGAACAGAGAACUUAUGAAUGGACCUCAAUUAACACAAGAAGCAACUCAAUUUAUAGAGUUGACAGUGAAACAAGAGCCCACUAGUGACGGGGAGCAGGAAAUAGAGUUAGCACCAGACCUGCCACUCGAGUGCAUGCUCUGUGCUAAGUCUUUCCACAGCGUCACUGGACUUAAGGCGCACGUGAUAGCCCAUCAUUCCUAUAAAUCUGUGAAAAGGAAAUCAGAUGGUAGUGUUUCACCGGAGAAGAAACGGACUGAUAAAUACACGUGCGGAAUUUGUAAUGUUGGCUUUAAGACCUCAACAGAUCUGAUGGUGCAUGAGACGUGCCACAAUAAGUACGCAUGCUACGCCUGUUCACGGAAAUUCGACUCCUUCCCAAUGCUCACUCGCCAUCGCAAGCGGUGUAAAGCAAGCGCUUCUAGAUCUGUACAAAAACUUAAAACUUUAGAAGAUGUCAAAAGGCCAGCAGUAGAGGAUAUAUUAAAAGAUUUUGGCGAUGGAGAGACAUUAGAUGAAGUAGAAACUGAAGUUGAACCAGCAUUGCCAACAGAAGACCAAGAACAAUCACAAGAACAAGACAACAUAAUAGGACAAGAAGAUUUAGAAGAAAUGGAACCGGACAACCUAACAGAAGAACCAAAUGUACAGAACACAGAAGAACAAACAGAAAUAACUAAUGAGGAUGUUGAAAUGAAGGAUUUAACAAAUAGUUAUAGAGAAGAACUUGAUAAAGAAGAUGAAAAAGUUAGUGUUGAUAAAGAAUCAACAAAUGAGGCUGCAGUCAAAAGUUUAGGAGAUGAAAUACAAAUUGAUUCAAGUGAAACAAUAAGUAAUGUUGAAAACGAGAGUGUUGCCAAUGAAAAUAGUGAUAAAAACAUUAACAAAAGUGAAGUUAAUGAAUUAGAAAGUUGUAUGAACUUAGAAACUGAAAGCAAAGUUGAUGAAGAUCCAGAUAGAAGUAUGGAACUUCAUCUAGAGAUACAUUCAAGUGAUAAAAAGACUGAACCACAAGUAAAUGAUAUUGAUAUGGCUGUAGGAACUAUGAAAAAUGAUGACUGUACUUAAAAGUUGAUCAUCAGAAAUUGUAGGCUUUAAUUUUUGCUAGUACUAUGAAGUAAUCACAUUCAAAAUUCCCACCUAUUGAUUGUAUGGGAAAUAUUUCAAUACUGUUAAUUUAAAAAGGCAAAUCCUUCUAAGGAGAGUCCAAGUUCAGAAGUG